CGCAUGUGCAAUUCGUACAAAACUAAGCAGGCUUCCUGUUUAUGUAGUUAUUAAAGUUGAGCCAUCGCUUCCGCCAAACCAGCUAUGUCGAGUGUGUUUACCUGUUCUGGCUGCUAAAUUUUUGGCAGUGACACUUUAUCCACGGUUAUACGCUGUUCGUCAGAUUAGAGAGAGUGAAAUGAGCUUCAGGGAUAAGGAGUUAAAGAUCCGUUUCAGCCCAGGUCACGUAGAGCUCGUGGAGGAGGACGUGUGCAGUCCGGACCGGCGAGUCCUGGUGACUGGAGCCACUGGUCUUCUUGGACGUGCGGUCUACAAGGAGUUCCAUAAGAAUGGCUGGGCUACUCUGGGGUGUGGAUACAACCGUGCUCGGCCUCGCUUCCUCUGCUGCAACCUGCUGGACGAGGACGCCGUGCGGGCCGUUAUUCUCCGCUUCCAGCCCCAUGUGAUCAUACACUGCGCUGCUGAGAGAAGGCCGGACGUGGUGGAACAUCACACAGAAGCAGCCUUGAACCUGAAUGUACACGCAUGUGCUACAUUGGCAAAAGAAGCAGCUGGCAUCUAUCUGAUCUACAUUAGCACUGAUUAUGUGUUUGAUGGACGCAAUCCCCCAUAUGGAGAAAACGACACCCCCAACCCGUUAAACAUGUAUGGAAAAUCAAAGCUUAGGGGGGAAGAGGAGAUACUCAGACACUGUCCAGGUGCUGCAAUACUCAGGGUGCCCAUUCUGUAUGGAGAGGUGGAGAAAGUGGAGGAGAGUGCUGUCACUGUGUUGUGGGAUCGCAUUCAGGAUGGUAUGGAGAGCUCGACUGUAGACCACUGCCAGCAGCGCUUCCCCACUUAUACCGGUGAUGUCGCACGUGUCUGCAGGAACAUGGCUGAGCGAGGUCUUCAGGAUUCGUCUUUGCGUGGGAUUUUCCAUUACUCUGGAAAAGAGCAAAUGACUAAAUAUGAAAUAGCCUGUGCUAUUGCAGAUGCCUUUAACCUGCACAGGAGUCACCUGAUACCGUUGACGGAGCAGCCUGCUGGAGCCGGCGCUCAGAGGCCACAGAAUGCGCAGUUAGAAUGUUCUCGUCUGGAGCUGCUUGGGCUGAGCGUGGAGCCGACUCCAUUUAAAACUGCAAUCAGGAAAUGUCUCUGGCCUUUUCUUUACGAUAAACGCUGGAGACAGACCGUCUUUCACUGAGCUACAGCAGCAUAUAUUCCUUAGUCAGGAAAAAUGGGCCAAUCUGUUCAAGUGAAACAGCUUUAGUUACAGUAUAUUAAUGCAUACACACAGCAUGUGUUGUUUUGUUCUUGUUUUCAUGUUGCACUAUCGGUGUAAGUAUUAUUACUCAAGGCAGGUCAAUGUAUUUUUGUAUGAUCUUUAAUGAUCCAUGACAAAUGUAGUUAAAAAGUUGAAUGCCUGUGAGAUUGAUCGCUAUCGUUAUGUUAUUAAGUUGUUAAUUUUCCUUUGUAAAGUAAAUUCAGAUUUAUUUUCUUUUAGCCAAAUUCCAAGCAAAUACAAAAAAGAGAACAAGGGGAAAAACAUUGAGUUUUAAAUAUCAGAUUUCUGAUUAUCUUAUUGAGUAAAGAACUGCAAUAAAAUGCACUUAAAUUUAUUAAAUUAUUGUUGAGUUCACACACUGAAGCCCAGGUCUGAUCAAGAUUCAUAACCUUUAGAAUAAGUUUUUUCAGUGCAGUACAACCAUAAUACUCUUUAUGAAAUAAAUUUGAUGUAACCCUAA